AUGGAACCAUUUAUAUCAUUAUUGCAUGAAAGUGGUGUUUUCCCCACUACUGAUCUCAAAAAACUUAGCAAUUUUUCGGCAUCUUUUUUGCAAAAAAUUGUACAGAACAAGGCGUCUCAUUUGGUGGAAACAUACAGUGAUUUUCUUGAUCUCCUCUCAGCAUAUAAUACGUUGCUAUGCCAUGGUCUUACAGCAUUUGCUUACUAUUUACAAGCAUUAGCUGCUCGAAACACAACAAUCUCAGCGUUGAUCGAAUCCAGUGCGAUCCUCAAAGAAGCUUAUUUUCUUCCAACAAUUUCCAGACCCACAGAUUUAAAGUAUCACAAAUUGGAUGCACUCAUUGCGCUGCUCAAGAAAACUCGUUCACGUUAUGGGAAACAGCAACAAAAGACGAUCUCUGAACAAUCAUUACGAGAUAACGUAUGUAAUGUUAUUAUCAUGCCAUGCGGAACUGAGAGUACGGCACUGAACAUCGAAUGUGUCGAUCUGCUGAUAUGUCUCGAUGAGGGGUUCGUUUUUUCAGCUCCAAAUUUUAAAAAUAUCUACAGUUUUGCGACGGCUGAGGGAGUUGUUGAUUGUGUUCAAGAAGAAUGCAUUAAAGGUGCCCAGCUCUGUAACGAUGUAUUGUAUAUGCUGCCAGCGAAUCCAGUUCCUGAAAUCAUCGAAUUUUGGGCGGAAAAGAACGACAAAAAGUCCGUUUGAUG